UAUUAAUUUAACAACAUGGUUCAAACAUUUAUUGUUACUGGCGCUUCGCGUGGUCUUGGUCUCGAAUUUGUAAAGCAAAUCGCUGCUAAAGGUGAUACUGUUUUCGCUUGUGCUCGUAAUCCUACUGCUUCUACUGGACUUGAAGCCUUGUCAAAUAAAAAAAAUGUCUUUUUAGUUCAAUUGGAUACCAACUCCGAAGAGUCAAUUAAGGCUGCUGCUGAAGAAAUCGAAUCCAAGGCGCCAGAAGGUGUUGAUGUCUUGAUCAAUAAUGCUGGUAUCUGUGGUACCAUGAAGCUUGAUUUUGAAACCUCUUCUAAAGAAGAGCUUACCAAGGUCUUUGAAACAAAUGUUGUUGGUAUGAAUGAAGUCACAAAAGCAUUUGUUCCUAUUAUGCGUAAGCGUGGUCAAGAUAAAGUUAAGAAGAUUCUUAAUAUGUCUUCUAUUCUUGGUUCUGUUGCUAGUAUGCAAGAUGCUGAUGGUUGGGGUUUCAGUCCUGCUUAUUGUAUCUCUAAGGCUGCCUCUAAUAUGCUUACCAAAAUGAUGGCUAAUAAAUUAGGUAAAGAAAACUUCGUUGUCUAUGCUUCCCAUCCUGGUUGGUGUCAAACCGACAUGGGUGGACAUGCUGCUCCCACUACUACUGAAGAUUCCAUUCGUGGCCAGCUUGCUAUUAUUGAUAGAUUAACUGAAAAAGAUAAUGGCAAAUACUAUGACUUUGAAGGACAGACUUUACCUUGGUAAAAGAAAAUAAUACGACACUAGAAUAAUAGAUAAAUAUAAAUAUAAUAAAAAUAGACUUAAUUUUACAU